UGUCUUUCGUCACGCAAUGUAGAGAAUCAUCAUACCCCAUUAUUUAUAUGCCUUCACCCUAUGCCCUUGUAUAAACUACCUCGGGAAGAAGAUUCAUAUCAAAUAGUUCCUUCAACCUCUCUGCCCUCUGCACAGUUUCAUAUUGGAUUGGUGGUGGGAUUUCAAGAACAGAUUCAGUGCUUUUCAUGAGCAGUUAAUGAAUUGCAGAAGAUACGAUCAAGCCUCCUGUUGAUUUAUUUGGGUGCCUCUCUUUUUUGGAGUUAUUGAAUUGCAUAGUUGUGUUCAAGCAGAUCAAAUGGAAGGAUUUGGAGUAGAUUCACAGCCUUCAGUGGAACUGAAUGUGAAGAGGCAGGAACCUACACUGGUCCAACCUGCAGAGCCCACAGAGAAUCAUGUCUAUUUUCUCUCUAAUCUUGAUCAGAACAUUGCAGUCAUUGUAGAAACAGUCUACUUUUUCAAUGCCCGGAAGGAUGGAAAUGGGUGGAGGGAAGAUGAAACGCCAAGUGAAGUAAUUAAAGAGGCUCUGAGAAAGGUGCUGGUACAUUACUAUCCUCUAGCAGGGAGACUGGGUAUCAGCGGAGAGGGCAAGCUCAAUGUCCAUUGCACAGGGGAGGGAGCUGUCUUUGUGGAAGCCGAAGCAGAUUGCUCACUCCAGGAUGUUGGGGACAUGGCAAAGCCCAAUCCUUCCACUCUCCAGAAGCUAGUCUACAACAUUACAGGCGCCAGAAACUUACUGGAAAUCCCUCCACUUGUUGCUCAGGUCACAAUGUUCAAGUGCGGAGGAUUUGUAUUAGGGCUAGGCAUGAACCACUGCAUGUUCGACGGAAUUGGGGCAAUGGAGUUCGUGAAUUCAUGGGCCGAAACAGCACGGGGGCUGCCUCUAUCAGUACCCCCAUAUAUGGACCGAUCCCUGCUGAAAGCCCGGUCCCCAACAAAAGUAGACUUCCCCCACAUGGAAUUCUCACAGCUAACAGAAAUCCUCAAUUCAAAUGGGGGAUACGAAACGGAGGAAAUGAAGUACAGAUCCUUCUGCUUCAGCCCAGAGAAACUGGACCAACUAAAGAAAUUGGCCAAGGAGGACGGAGCACUGAGCAAAUGCACCACAUUCGAAGCCCUGGCAGCGCUGGUAUGGCGGUCCCGCAGCAAGGCCCUGGAAAUGGCGGCAGAUCAGGAGACAAAGCUUAUGUUUGCAGUAGAUGGGCGUACCAAAUUCGAUCCUCCCCUACCCAAGGGCUACUUCGGGAACGGAAUUGUGAUCACAGCGGCUCUCUGCAAGGCCGGAGAAUUGGCGGACAAACCGAUGUCACACGCAGUGGGUCUGGUGCAAAAGGCAGUGACCAUGGUCACAGAUGGCUACAUGCGAUCCGCCAUUGAUUUCUUCGAGGAAACGCGGGCCAGGCCAUCUUUAACGGCCACUCUUUUGGUCACCACCUGGUCUCGAUUGGCGUUCCAUACCUCGGAUUUCGGGUGGGGAGAACCCAUUCAAUCUGGGCCUGUGACUCUGCCUGCUAAAGAAGUUGUUCUCUUCCUCUCUCAUGGCAGCCAACGCCAGAGCAUUAAUGUGCUUCUUGGCCUUCCCGAAUCUGCCAUGGACCGCUUCCAACAAUUCUUGCAGUUCUAAACCAGCUCCUUCUUCCCCACCCCCAUUUGCCGUUUCUCCUAAUAAGUUUUUCAAUGUUUCAUAUUUGUAUCCAGAUAGAUGAUUUGGUUAUUCUUGGCUUCUUAGAAUUGGAAUAAUCAGCGAGUUUUCGCUGUCAAUUUGGCUUUCUGUGAUCAGUUUAAUCGAAAUCCAAUAGCCUGUAAAAACCCCAUUUCAUUUCGACUGGGUUUUAACAUAUCAGGAAUAUUUACAGUUAAAUGGUAAGAAUGUUUCCGUUGAAUAUAAAUCUAUAUAAUAUUUUACAAUU